AUGAGAGGUUAUUUACAAUCUUUCUUCAAAGGUAAUCAAACUUUGAAUGGUGGAGUAGGAGGACCUGUUUUUGUAGCUGGUGAAAAUCCAGGACAAAUAGCCAUUUCCAACACAACCUUCAAUCAAAACAAUGCCGACGGUUCUGGUGGUGUCACUCUACUUGAUAAACUGUUUUCAAAAACAACUAUGCCAGUGAUGGUGGUUUCAAUACUAACAGAUAAUACCGCUGUUUCAAAUGGAGGUGCAAUUUAUAUGUUCGAAUCAAGCUACGGUCCAUUAUUAUGGCAUAUUACAAUUUUAUCUCUAGUUGAGAUUGGAAAUUAA